AUGGUCAAAUUAUCGCAAUACGAGAUUGAGCGCGAGGCGAAUAUCGCAAGGAACCGCGCCCUUCUUGAACAACUUGAGCUCAAACAAGCCGUUGAGAAUUUAGACGUUCCUAAGCACAAGGGCGCGGCGAAGUCCACAGCAAAGCCCGUUCAACCUGCCAAAAGAGUAAAGCGUGAACGACAGGAGCCUGAAGCUCCACGGCGUCAGUCGGCGCGUUUAAGGAAGGAUACCUUUGAUCCAGAUGAAAGUCCGUCCAAAAGACAAAAGCGUGAGCAAGAGCAACGUGCUGAGGAGGAGGAGAGGUUAGCAGCAGAAGAACAAGCGCGAAUAGCAAAAAAGCCACGGCAUCAGAAGCUUGAUCUCAUAUCUCUUACUGAAAAUGGACCAGAAGACGCAUCUACGCUGUCGGAGGCGCUGGAAAGCGUUGCUCAAUCAUCAGGGUCACGGCACCUUGCUGAUCCUGAUGCGUUCUUGUUUGACGGCACCCAAGAGGCUGCCGCUGUAAAGGACUUGAAAGAGAGAUUGCAAGGCAUGAAGGUUGUCUCUCGUGCCAAAGUAACUCAAGACAGAAUCUAUUGUGCUGCGUAUCACCCGGAAGUUACAAAAGAUCUCAUUUUUUUUGGAGAUAAGCACGGUCAAUUGGGAAUAUGGGAUGCCAGAGCGCAAGGUGAUGAAGUCGAUGAAGAUGGAGAUAUUUCCCUUGUCGAAAAUGAGGGAGGGAAGUACUGGAGAUUACAGUUGCACUGGCCUGCAUCAUCAAAGUCGUCAAUAUCGAGUAUCAAGUUGGAUCCGACCAAUACCCACAGCGUUUACACAAGUUCCUACGACUGCACUAUUCGACACUUGUCCUUUACGACAGGUGUUUCGGAGGAGAUCUUCGCGUCGAGCAAUGGCGAACUUAUAUGCAGCAUCGAUUUAACAUCCACCGGAAAUGAAAUGUGGGUCUCAGAUGGCGCAGGCGGUGCAACUCAUUUGGACCUACGCGAAAAGAGCUCCAAGCGGAGACGGUAUGUUUUGUCUGAGCAGAAGAUUGGUUGCAUUAGCAUCAACCCCACGCGAAAUCAUUUUGUUCUCACGGCCAGUAACAGCCGCCUACUCAAAAUCUGGGAUGUUCGAAAGUUGCAGGGCAUGAAAUCUGGGACUAAUUUUACAAGGAGUUCUGACGAUGGCGUGACUACCUCCACCCUGGAAUUUGACACAGAAGUGGUUUCCAAAUUCUUGGAAUCUAAGCAGGGUGAAGGGUGUUUGCGGGGAGAAUGGCGCCAUGAUAAAUCAGCGAGCUCCGCUUACUGGGAUCCAAGAGGCCGCCAAAUUGUUAGCACGAGUUAUGACGACACAAUCAGAUUGUGGGACCUCGAAUCGAAUCUCUUUAGCUCACCCGAUCUAUUCCCAAACUUGAAACCCUUCAGCCGCAUUAAACACAAUUGUCAAACGGGUAAAUGGCUUACAAUCCUGCGAGCCCAGUGGACACAGAAUCCUGAAGUUUAUCCCCACUUUACAAUCGCUAACAUGAAUCAUGCACUGGAUAUAUACUCUUGCAAGGGUGAUCUCUUGGCACGACUUGCAGACCCAACGCGUAUUUCUGCCGUUCAAGCGGUGACGUGUUCGCAUCCCAGCAUUGUCGAAAGAGCCGCGAGUGGAAAUGCGAGCGGUCGUUGCAUUCUCUGGGCUCCCCAAGACUCGUAG